AUGGCUAACACCAGGUUCCUCUCCCUCUGUGCCUAUGGCAGAGUCACCGGGCCGAAGGCCUUGAAUAAGAAGACAGUGAUCCAGCUGAAGAAGCGAUGCUGCUAUGUCUCCACGGACUAUGAAGGAGACCUCCAUGACCAAGGUUACCAUCCUCCAGCACCUGAUGGGCACUGGAUAACCCUGGACAAGGAACGGUUCUGCUGCCUGGAGCCACUCUUCCAACUAAAGCUACUCCACCAAAGCUCCCCAAGGCUUCACCACUUGGCUUUGCAGAGCCUCCAGAAGGUACCCAACCACGCCAGCAGGGUCACGCACGUGUGGAUGACAAAGACUGAGUACCAGGAGCAUGAUGCCGAGUAUGUCCGCAAGAUAUUCCAGUAG